AUGGAUCGAACAGGCGUCACGGCAGAGACACCGAAGAGCCCCUGGGGUUCCGUGACCCCGGCAGCUCCGGCCUGCUCUCUGAUUGAUGUGAUGAGCGAGCAGCUAGCCAGACAGAUGGAAGAGGAGAGCAACGCCUUUCCUGCGCUCACCGAGCCUGGAGCAGACCUGUUGUCAUCGGAUGAGGUUCCCGAUACGACCAGUGACCUGAUGCUCGCCCAGAUGUUGCAGAUGCAGUUCGACCGCGAGUUCGAUGAUCAGCUCCGGCGCGAGGAGAAGAAGUUCAACGGAGACAGCAAAGUGUCCAUCUCCUUUGAGAACUACCGAAUGGUCCAUCCAUACGAAGACAGCGACAGCUCGGAGGACGAGGUGGACUGGCAGGACACAAGAGACGACCCCUACAGAGCCGAAAAGCCUCAGACCACGCCCAGGAAAGGCUUCACAGGGAAAGGCAAGAACAUCACCACCAAACAUGACGAGGUGACCUGUGGUCGCAAGAACACUGCACGCAUGGACAAUUUUGCUCCCGAGGUCCAUGUCGGUGACGGGCUGGGGAUGGACCUGAAGCUGUCAAAUCAGGUGUUUAACUCUCUGAAGCAGCACUGCUACAGCGAGCAGAGGCGCAGCGCCAGGCUGCACGAGAAGAAGGAGCACUCCACCUCCGAACAAGCAGUGGACCCUCGUACUCGACUGCUGAUGUAUAAGAUGGUGAACACCGGCUUACUGGAAAACAUCAACGGCUGCAUCAGCACCGGGAAAGAGUCUGUCGUCUUCCACGCCGACGGAGGGAGCCUGGAGGAGCAGCCGGUCCCAGAUGAGGUGGUGCUGAAGGUGUUUAAAACGACGCUCAACGAGUUCAAGAACAGAGACCGCUACAUCAAAGACGACUAUCGCUUCAAGGACCGAUUCAGCAAACUGAACCCACGCAAAGUCAUCAGGCUGUGGGCCGAGAAGGAGAUGCACAACCUGACCAGGAUGAGGAAAGCGGAGAUUGCCUGUCCCAAGGUGGUGCUGUUGAAGAAACACAUCCUGGUGAUGUCGUUCAUCGGUAAAGACCACGUUCCUGCUCCCAAACUCAAAGACGCCAUGCUGGGCUCGGAGGACAUGAAGAACGCCUACUACCAGGUCCUACAUAUGAUGCAGCAGUUGUAUCGCGAGUGUAAUCUGGUUCAUGCUGACCUCAGUGAAUACAACAUGCUGUGGCACGAAGGGAAGGUGUGGUUGAUAGACGUCAGUCAGUCCGUCGAGCCCACCCACCCCCACGGUCUGGAGUUCCUCUUCAGAGACUGCAGGAACGUCUCCACGUUUUUCCAGAAGAGAGGAGUGAGCGAGGCGAUGAGUGUGUACGACCUUUUCAACGCCGUGACCGGACUGAACAUCCCUGUUGGUGCAGAGAAUGAGGCUGAAUUCAUAGCUGAGAUCGUGGUGUUGGAGAAGAGGAACGAGGAUCACGUGCAGAAGCGCGGGAAGAAAACGUUCCCCGUCGCCACCGAAGAUUGCGGCCCUCCUUUAAAACCCGACGUCGACGACUAACGUUCACCCCAGCUCGCUCUGUCUUCACGAUCCCGCCGUGUUGAAAAACGUUGUAAGGAGGAGAUGAACGGAGGAGGACUCCGGAACCUCCAACGCCCCCCCACAACCCGCUGACCCACCCACCGACUGUUUCCUCUUAAUCGGGCAGGACGGAGCGCCUCCUCCUGGCUCCAGGAGGAAUGAUUUCCCCCAGUUGGACGUUGAAGUUGGAGCGUCCGGGCUGCUGAGAGGCUCCAGCAGGGUUUUCUGAAGCUGGGACCACAUCUCGUGUCUUCUGCUAAUAUUGGCCCAUACUGAGAUUGAUUACAGUAUGUGUUUUUGUAAGAACCGCAGUUUAAAAAAAAAAAGCAUAAAAAGCUUCACACAGGACCUCUCCAUCCCACUGGAACCGCUGCCGAGCUUUGUUCAAACCCUCGGAGGUUAAUUUUAAUUUCUAGCGCGGAACUCAAGGUUGUCAGGAUGAAUUUGGGUGAGAACUUGUGUAAAAUGAGCAGAAAAAAAACAACAUAGAAGUGUAUAAUUUUUUUUGAUAUGACAUUUUGGUUUUGAAUAUUUGACUGAAGCUUCAGUCAACAGUGUGUGAUCUUGUGUGGAAAGAGAGGGUCGAAACUAACGUACCAUCAUAUACUUUUCAUUUAUUUUUAUUAUUUUAUUAAGUGAAAUAAUCCUAAGAAAAUAUAUCAAAAUAUCUAAUGAAAAUGAUUUACUCUGCCGAAGUCUGUUAACAGGAACGUUUUGUGCAUGCGUCUGGAAGAUUAUUCUCUUGGAAGCAGAACGUGCACCCGGUCUUCUCUUCGGCAGUUCGGGGGUCAAAUGCGGAGUGUUUUGGUAACGCUUGAAAUUAAGGCGAAAAAAAACAAACAUUUAUUACAAUCAGACAAAUGGGACUAAACUAGUGGUUCUAGCGUCAUGCCAUUAAACCUAAAACACGGGGACGAGAUCCUACAAAUUAGCUCUGCGAUUGUGUAUCUUCAGUUCAGAAAACCCGGCGUGGGAGAGGUUGGUCACUUAUUGCAGAUUGUUGUGUGGUUUUUAAAAAAAGACUUAUCAGGAUUGACUGUGUGAGGUUUCUGUCUCUGCAGGCAGUUUGCAGCCUCUGAGGCUUCACGUGAUGUUGGUCUUGUGGUGGGUGUUUUCUGAUGAAAUGCCUCAUCUUGUGUGCAACCGCUGCCAGUGGUGACAUUAAAAAAAAAAAAAA